UUCGCAGGAAUGGCUUGGGGUGAAAGUCCAGCCUGCGCCAUUCGCCCCUUGCUCCGGACUCGGUUUCUUGGCCCCUCGACAAAUCCUGGUUCCCUCGCGGGCGGGCAGACGCUGGAAGGAUGCCGACCGCUCCUUUCUAACCCUGGAUCCUGGGUUCGAGGAGCGGGACCGGUUCCAGCAAUUCCGUGGCGGGAUUUUUCUCCUUCCGCUGCCGCCCCCCCCCAUCCCCGCACCCCGAAGAUCUUAGAAGGCAGGAAACGAGUUUUCACGGCUCAGGUGGUCCUCGAGUUACGGCCACAAUGGUGCCCAACAUUCCUGUGGCUAAGUGGGCCAUCGGCCGUGGAGCCUUCUCGCUUCGGAGAUGGUCUGCGGUGCCGGUACGUUGGGCCCAUGCGCCCCGCGUGCUCCACGGCGACUUGGCCAAACUCUCCGGCCGGGUUCAGGAGUUCGUCGAGCAAGGGGUGCGCCUCUGCCAACCGGACAGCCUCCACAUUUGCGACGGGACGGAGAAAGAGAACACCAAAAUCUUGAAUUUCCUCGAAUCGGAAGGCGUCAUCAAACCGUUGACGAAAUACGAGAACUGCUGGCUGGCAAAAACCGACCCCAAAGAUGUUGCCAGGGUGGAGAGCCGGACGGUCAUCGUCACGGAGAACCAGAGGGACACGAUUCCCAUAACGGCCCCGGGGGUCAAGGGUCAGCUGGGCAACUGGAUGAACCCCAAAACUUUUCAAGAGGCGGUGGACGAUCGGUUUCCGGGUUGCAUGAAAGGGCGCACCAUGUACGUCAUCCCCUACAGCAUGGGGCCCCUCGGUUCGCCGCUCUCCAAAAUCGGGAUCCAGCUGACGGAUUCGGCCUACGUGGUCGCCAGCAUGCGAAUCAUGACGCGGAUGGGGGCGGCGGCCCUCCGCACGCUCGGGGAUGGAGAGUUCGUCAAGUGCCUGCAUUCGGUGGGGCGGCCUUUGCCUCUUAGCGAAGAGCUUGUGAACAAUUGGCCUUGCAAUCCGGAGAAGACCUUAAUCGCCCACGUGCCGAACCGCCGAGAGAUCGUGUCUUUUGGCAGCGGCUACGGGGGCAAUUCCCUGCUGGGGAAGAAAUGCUUUGCCCUCCGUAUCGCUUCGUGCAUCGCCAAGGACGAAGGCUGGCUGGCCGAGCACAUGCUGAUUCUGGGACUCACCAACCCGGAAGGCAAGAAGAAAUACGUAGCGGCUGCUUUCCCCAGCGCAUGCGGAAAGACCAACCUAGCCAUGAUGAAUCCUACCUUGCCGGGCUGGCGCGUGGAAUGCGUCGGGGACGAUAUCGCCUGGAUGAAGUUCGACAGCGAAGGUUGCUUGCGUGCCAUCAACCCCGAGAACGGCUUCUUCGGGGUGGCUCCGGGCACGUCCACUCGGACCAACCCCAACGCCAUGCAUACCAUCCAGCGUAACACCAUCUUCACCAACGUGGCCGAGACCAGUGAAGGCGGAGUCUAUUGGGAGGGCAUCGAUCAGAGGAUUCCGGAAGGGGUGACCAUCAGCACCUGGCAAGGAAAACCUUGGAAACCAGGGGACCCACAACCGGCCGCUCAUCCGAAUUCUCGCUUUUGUGCCCCGGCUCGGCAGUGUCCCAUCAUGGAUCCGGAUUGGGAAUCCCCUCAGGGGGUCCCCAUUGACGCCAUCAUCUUUGGGGGCAGGAGACCGGCAGGGGUGCCUUUGGUGUACGAGGCCUUCAACUGGCGCCACGGGGUCUUCGUGGGCAGUGCCAUGCGGUCGGAGUCCACAGCGGCGGCUGAGCACAAAGGCAAGGUCAUCAUGCACGACCCCUUCGCCAUGCGUCCGUUCUUCGGCUACAACUUCGGCCGCUACCUGGAGCACUGGUUGAGCAUGGAAGGGCGGAAGGGCGUCCGCCUUCCCAAAAUUUUCCACGUCAAUUGGUUCCGGAAAGAUGCCGCCGGGAAUUUCUUGUGGCCAGGUUUCGGGGAAAAUUCCCGGGUCCUGGAUUGGAUCUUCCGCCGGGUGGACGGAGAAGAAUCCGCGAAGGAAACCCCCAUCGGAUACAUCCCGAAAGAAGGCGCCUUAGAUCUCUCAGGCCUAAGCCAGGUGAGCCAUUCGGAGCUCUUCUCGCUGCCCAAGGAAUUCUGGGAACAGGAGGUCCGAGAAGUGAGACAAUACCUGACGGAACAAGUGCCUGAGGACUUGCCCAAGGAAGUCUUGAAAGAACUGGAAGCCUUGGAGACCCGGGUGAAGAAGAUGUGAGGGACCUCAACGGUAGAAGACGUCCAACCAAAGACCAAAGUUUCUUCCCCUGGUUUUCGGAGGGGGGAAGACGAGAUAUCAGGGGCCUUGUUUACAGAAAUAUCCAUUCCUCUUUUUCGUACCAGAUAAGACUCUCUCGUCUCAGGUGUCAUGUUUCCGAGGUCAACUGACAGCCACUCAACGUUCUUCUUUGGCUUUGCUUACCUUCCUUGGCCGGAGUCACCUUGCUUGAUGCCUCUUGUUUCGCUUCCUUCCUCCGCCAGAGGAGAUUCUUUCAGCCAGCGGUGGGAUUCAGAUAAUUGAACAACCAGUUCUCUGCCCUAAGGACCAGCUGGGUAGGCAUGACCGGGUGGGCAUGUGACUGGGUGGGCAUGGCCAACUCGACAUUGCUCACAUCGAGAAGCACUUCACCUCACCCAGCCUCUCCUCUCCUCGCCAUGCCUGGCCCUGCCUUGCCCCUCCCCUCCCAGCCACUCCUUGUCAUGCCCAGCUCCUACUCACCCAGGUGGCCGGGCGAGCAGGUGGGCGGUGAGGCGAGGAGUGGCUGGGAGGAGACGGCCCAGGCAUGGCAAGGCAUGCUAUUCAGCUGGCUCGCCAAACUGCUAGCCGAAACUUAGCUAUCGGUUCUAGCGAACCGGUGCGAACCGGCUGAAUCCCACUGCUUUCCGCUCUGGGGAAAUGGGAAAGGAGAGUGUUCUGUCUCCUUCCCCACUUCGGAGCAACGAGCUAGCCUUCAGCCAGUGGAUUCAUGGCUCUUAUCAGUCCUGGCAGAGAAAUCGCAGCUGCCUGCAAAAGUUCAAACAAAUGACUCACAUAGCAAGACUUUCGGCUCUUUUUGAAAUGGAUCAGCUAAACUUUGCUUCCCGUGGAGUGAGAGCAGUCCCAAACCUCCUUAUAUAUCCUGUGAGGUGGGGCAGGACUCCUGCCCCACCCUUCCUUUUGAUGACGCCACCUCUCUAAUCUUCUGAAGCGCGGGUCAAGCCAAGCUUGAUUAUUCUUAUCAGCCGGGUCUGAAGGCAUAGCCUGGGGAAGGGAGGAAUCAGGGGAUGACGGCCUCAUUACGUCCUCCGACUGGUCUGGUUCUGGCUCCUGGAGCUGAGCCAAAGGAAUCGGUGCUCCCGAGGUAAGCCUUACCGGUCCUUUCCCCUCACUCUCGGAGUCACUUUCGGGCAUGGGGCCAGGUUCGGGGGCGGGAGUCACAACAGAGAGGGUGGCCUUUCAUUUUAUGACAUCACAUGUGCCUUCUGAGGGGUUGGGAAAAUCAUUGGGAAAGAAGGAAGAAGGAAAGAUUUGGGGGGGGGGGGAGAGAUUUAAAACAAACAUGGAAGGCAGUGGCAAGAUUUAUCUCCAAGGCUUAUAUUUCUGGAGGCAGAAACAAGAGUUCUCCAGGAGACUUAUCGCGGCUUAUCAUGAUUCGGACAACACUUCCACUGAAGCAUAGCACAAAAUAUCUUAGUUGCAAGGGGCCUUGGAAGGUCGUCUAGUCCAACCCCUUGCCCAAAGCAAGGGAAAGCCUUUUGCCAUUUCAGACAAACGGUUGCCCAAUCUCUUCUUAAAAACUUCCAGUGUUGGAGAAUUCACAACUUCUGGAAGCAAGUUGUUCCACUGAUUAAUUGUUCUAACUGUCAGGAAAUUUCUCCUUAGUUCUAAGUUGCUUCUUUCCUUGAUGAGUUUCCAUCUGUUGCUUCUUGUCCUGCCUUCAGGUGCUUUGGAGAACAGGUGGACCCCCUUCUUCUUUGGGGCAGCCCCUCAAAUAUUCGAACACUGCCAUCGCAUCGCCCCUAAUCCGAGCAACAUUAACCCCCAAUUGUCCCGCUCUUAAGCAAACCAGAAAUAGGUAGCUAUGUGUCAAAGUUUUCUUUCUAUUAAUUAAAUGUAAAACAGUAUUUUCCAUCCUGUCUCACUGGGCUGCAGCUUUCCUAUCAAGGUCAGAAUAGAAUAGAAUAGAAUAGAAUAGAAUAGAAUAGAAUAGAAUAGAAUAGAAUAGAAUAGAAUAGAAUGAAUUGGAAGGGACCUUGGAGGUCCUCUAGUCCAACCCCCUGCUUAGGCAGGAAACCCUACACCACUUCAGACAAACGGUUACCCAACACCUUCUUAACGUUGGAAAGCUUGACAGUGUUUUAACAUGUGAGGGGCAUGAGUUUUGAUUUUUAUAAGACUGGUAAAAGAUUGUGGGCAGAAAGAGUAGCGAGCCCAAAGACAAAAAUCUAGAGAAAUUGCAUGACUCGCUAACCGAAUCCCGCGAAGCAUUUUUCAACCUUUCAAAGGAGCUAAAUUCACGCCGGCUUGAGGGGCAAGGAAUAAAGUCGUCGAAAUGUUUAACGCGUCCAUCCCUCUGACGAGAAUGCGAAUUGGGGAGCUUCAGCUCUUUUCAUCAAGUGUGGCCUUAGGGCAAAAAGCUACCUUGCAGGAUUGUUGUGAGGACGAAUAAGAUAAUUUGCCACUACAAGCAGCCUCGGAUGGGAUUCAGAUCAGGGUGAUAGGUCUGGUGCCUUUUUAAUAUCACAUUGCUAUGGGAAUCAUGGGAAUCGUGUUUUCGAACAGAAUUUCUCAAACACGGUCGCUCCCAGCCAGAAUUCUGGGAGUUGAAGUCCACACGUCUUAAAAAGUGUUUGAAAGACACUACUAGUUUAAAUGUUUUCAGGACAUUGCAGCAAUGCAAGCAACAGCUAAUGAAGAAUCCACUUUAUAGCCUAAUGAAUAUGUUAAAUCCAGUGAGGGGGAAUAAAUUAUAUUAUAAUUAGCUCCUUUCGUGCUAAAACGGGCCUGUUACACUUAAUCAGCUGAGAAUUUUUUAAUAGUUAUUAGGUGGAAUCUUUAAUUGGUGCUCAACGUGAAAGUCAAUUUUCCUCUUAUCUGUCUACAUUCCUCGUACAUCUAGAUUCCAUAUAACGGGUUUAUAUAUGUCUUGCCUUUUUUUAAAAUUGCCGAUAACGUGCUGGAUUUUUAAUGUUGUAGUGAGAAAGACACUCUGCGGAAGAGAGAAAAAAAGGCCAAGAAAAAUAAAACUGCUCAACAUUUUUGGGUAGAGUUGUUUGGCCAGAAACAAGACAGCAUCUGUUGAAAAAAAAAAAAAAACCUAGAAAAGCUAUAUGAUUGACUAAAAUGUAAUUGGUGUGAGUGGCAAGGAGGAUUUUGAAACAGAAAAAAAUAUAUCCCAUAUUUUAUUAACAAUAAACACAAAUAAGAAUAAUAA